UUGAAUUUGUGCAUUUAUUUAGAAUCAUCUGACGAUUUGUCUGUUUCUCUUUGUGUGUGUGUGUGUCUGUGUGUGUCUGUGUGUGUAGAUGGAGCAGGUAUCAGAUGAUGAGUUGGACCAUGGAGCAGAGGAGGACAGUGAUAAGGAGGACCAAGACCUGGACAAGAUGUUUGGAGCCUGGCUGGGAGAACUGGACAAGCUCACACAGAGUCUGGAUGACGGCAGGCCACAGAAAGCACUGCAGAAGCCUCCUCUCAGACAGGAGACCAACAUGGCCAACUUCUCCUACCGCUUCUCAAUGUACAACAUAAACGAGGCAUUGAACCAGGGAGACACAGUGGACCUGGAUGCACUGAUGGCCGACCUGUGCUCCAUCGAGCAGGAGCUCAAUACCAUUUCCAAACCAAACUCCACGUCUCGUGGCCAGAGCAAAGGCCAGCAGAGGACCCCCGUGGGCCGAAGUGCUAGUAGCAAGCACCCAGGCACCAGUGGAGGGGGAAGCAGCGGAGGAAGUACCAGUAGCAGUACCAGGGCAUCGCCGGCCAACACAGUACGAGGCGGCAGCGUCAACACUCGCCCCGCAGCCUCCAACAUCUCCCUCGAUGACAUCACUUCCCAGCUGGAGAAGGCUUCUCUCAGCAUGGACGAGGCGGCUCGCCAGACGUCCUCCUCUUCCUCAUCCUCCUCUUCUUCCUCAUUCUCCUCCACCACGCUCCGGCGGCCCUCAUCGGGGUCCACUGGCGGAGGGCAGCACCGCAGGACGGGCUCUGUGGGCGCAGUCAGCGAGCAGGAGGCGCCGUCCCAGCGUUCUAGUGUAAAUUCAGCAUGUGCCUCAGCGUCCAGCAUGGACUCCCUGGACAUUGACAAAGUGAUGACGGGAGGAGAGACGGAGGGCCAGAGCAGCUCGAACGCACAAGGACAAAACCAGACCAGCACUGAGCAUGUCGUACUGCGGCGGGCCAAUGGUAAGCCAGCCAGACGGCAGCUUGACUUCACCUCACAAGCGAGUGAAGUGGAUCGGGCCACUCACUCCUAUCUGGACCGAGAAACCUCACUCAUUCUGAAAAGCAUAGCUGGAAAGCCUUCUCACCUCCUGACCAAGGAGGAGCAAGCAGCCAAACUGAAGGCAGAGAAGAUCCGAGUCGCCCUGGAAAAAAUCAAGGAGGCUCAGGUUAAAAAGCUGGUGAUUAGGGUCCACAUGUCGGACGAGAGCUCCAAGACCAUGAUGGUGGACGAGCGACAGUCAGUCAGGCAGGUGCUGGACAGCCUGCUGGACAAGUCACACUGUGGCUACAGUCCCGACUGGUCCCUCGUGGAAACUAUCACGGAGCUCCAGAUGGAACGUAUUUUUGAGGAUCAUGAGAAUUUGGUGGAGAAUCUGUUGAACUGGACCCGGGACAGCCACAACAAGCUCAUGUUCAUCGAGCGCAUCGAGAAAUAUGCUCUUUUCAAAAACCCACAGAACUAUUUGCUGGGGCGGAAGGAGACAUCAGAGAUGGCAGACAGGAAUAAAGAGGCUCUUUUAGAGGAGUGUUUCUGUGGCGGCUCGGUGUCUGUGCCAGAGAUCGAGGGCAUCCUGUGGCUGAAGGAGGACGGGAAGAAGUCGUGGAAGAAGCGUUACUUCCUCCUCAGGGCUUCUGGGAUCUAUUACGUCCCAAAGGGCAAAGCCAAGGCCUCUAGAGAUCUCGUGUGCUUCCUGCAGUUGGACCAUGUUAACGUGUAUUACGGCCAGGACUACCGCAGCAAAUACAAGGCUCCCACUGACUACUGCCUGGCCCUGAAGCAUCCACAAAUCCAGAAGAAGUCUCAGUACAUCAAGUACUUGUGCUGUGAUGAUGUCAGGACCCUGCACCAAUGGGUGAAUGGAAUCCGAAUCGCCAAGUAUGGAAAGCAGCUUUAUGUAAACUACCAGGAAGCCAUGAAGAGGACAGAGGCGGCCUAUGAUUGGUCGUCUCUCUCGACCUCCAGCAUUCGAUCAGGCUCCAGCUCUGCCAGCAUACCUGAGUCCCAGUCCAAUCAUUCCGGACAUUCAGACAGUGGUGUGGACACAGGCUCCUCUCAUGGCCGCUCCCAGAGUGUGGUGAGCUCCAUUUUCUCUGAGGCCUGGAAGAGAGGGACCCAGAUCGAGGAAAACUCCAAGAUAAGAAUGGAGUCAUCCAGAGGAGCCACCCUGCCGCAUGCUUCCCACAGUCACCGGCAUCACAGCCAGCAUUCAGUUGACCACCCAGCCCUGACUCCCCCUCCUCAGCCUCAUCCCCAGCCCCAACAACCACCUCCGCCACAGCCUCAGCCCCCACCAGUCCACCCCCAGUCCCUGAUCCAACAACAACAACAACAACAGCAGCAGCAACUGCCGCCUCAGUCUCCUCAACAGGCCCCGCAGCCUCUGCCUCAAUCGCCUCAGCGCCCUCAGCCACCGCCGCCACAGUCUCCGCAACAGCAACAGCCACAGGCUGUCAGCGGCUACCACCACAUGCCCCCACCACAGCAACAGCCACAGGCCGUCAGCAGCUACCACCACAUGCCCCAACCACAGCAACAGCCACAGGCNGUCAGCGGCUACCAACACAUGCCACCACCACAGCAGCAGCAACAGCCACAGGCCGUUAGCAGCUACCACCACAUGCCACCACCACCACCACCACAGCAGCAGCAGCCGCCAGCUCCUCCGCCACCGCCUCCUCCACCGCCACCUCCCCCUCCGCCACCGCCGGUUCAAAUGGUGUCGCACCACUCGCCGGCUCUCACCAUGUACAAGUACAGCACGAUCACCAGGCUGCAGAACCAGAGGGCCUCGCAGACAGCCAAUCACCACAGGCUGCCCGGUCACCUCCACGCUCAGCAGGUUCUGCCCCCAGCUCCGACACCGCCUGUUGCUCAGGUGUCCAUCAAACCCAAUGUGAAUCACAUUGCAGCAAGGACUAAUGUCCCGCCUCCUCCGCCACCACCACCUCCCCCUCCACCAUCGAUGCCCACCCCCGGGUCAGCAAUGGCCGUGCUGAAGCUGGGCCCUCCCAGCCCAGCCCCCCCACCUGCCUUCAUACCUCCGCCCCCAGCUCCUCCUCCUGCUCCACACACCAACGGGGUAGCAUUUCCCCCGCCACCUCCACCCCCGCCUGCUCCUGCACCCAUGAGCCAGCCCGUUUACCCCAACGGCCUGAAGCAGGUGCUGAAGGAAAGGUUCCCCAGCCCGCCACGGGACCUCUUGUCUCCGAAUGGAGACCUUGAUGAGUCCCCACCACCUGCCCCCGCUCCACCACCGCCACCUCCUCCUCCUCCACCACCACCACCACCUCCUCCCCCUCCCCAGCAGUUCCCAGGGCCAGCUCAGUUUCCACCCCCUCCUGCACCCCCACCAGCGCCACCCAAAACUUUCACCCCAGGUUUUAUCCCUCAUGCUGCCCCCAAGCCUGUGUCACCUGUCUCCCCUUUCCCUCCUGCACCCCCCUCUGCCGCCUUAGGGGGCCCAACCCCACCACCACCUCCACCCCCGCCGUCAUCCGGACCCUUCAAGAAGCAGUUCAGCCUCCAUGCUGGGCACACCUCCAGUCACCCUCCUCCGACUCUGCCCAAGCAGCACAGCCUCUCUAAACCACCCAUGUCCACAGGAGCCCCUCCCACCAUGUCUUUAGUGAAACAGCUGGCUAGUCAGUUUCCAGGAGCCCCCUCCCAAGUAGUCAAUCACACAGAGAGUCCCAAAGCCCCCCUCUCACCACCUGCAGUCAAGACCAAACCAAAAUGGCAGCCAGGGGGUGUCCAGCAGCUUCAGUCUCCCGAGUUCCCUCCUCCUCCACCAGAUAGCAACGCUGGUUUCCCUGCUCCCCCUGCUCCGCCUGCUCCCCCUCCGCCACCUCCCCCAGCACCUGUUACCGGCCCGACUCCACCCCCUCCUCCCCUACCCCCUGGAAACCUAGACUGUUCCAUGAGGUCACCCUCUAUCUCCUCCAACUUUGGAGGCAAGAAACCACCUCCUACCCCCCAGAGGAACUCCAGCGUCAAGUCUGAUUCCUCAGCCUCGUAUGAGGAAUCCAGGAGGAACUUGCUCAGUAAGUUUGCCCCCAAGAGCAACAGCUCACCUUCAUCCCCUUGUCCUACUUCCUCCUCUACUGGAUCUCCCUCUAAGGAUCACUCAGCUGGACCCCCCGCUCCCCCGAAGCCAGGAAAGCUCAACUUGGCUAACUUGCCCAUGGGCCUCCAGGCCAAAGUGAGCCAGGCAAAGCAGUCCAGUGGCGACUUCCCUUCCCCACCACCUGAGUGUGCCUACUUCCCACCUCCUCCCCCGGCAACAGAUCUCUUCCCCCCUCCACCACCUCCCGGUGAUACCCAUAGCGGAGGGCCUCCGAGGGUAGCCGUGGUGAAUCCUCAGCCUCAGGCUCCCCCUCCUCCACCGCCCGUCUCCCUUGUCAGCAACUCAACAUGGGGAAAGAGUUCCCUGAAAAAGACUCCUCCACCCACACUUGGGCGGCGCAGUAACACCACCCCAGAGCCUCCUCCCCUUUCGCCGCCUCCCCCCACCUCCCCGAAGGGCAGCUCAGGCCAGCCCAAUUUCUUGGAGGAUCUCAACCGGACACUGAAGCGAAAGUCGGUGGGACGGCAGGCUUCUCUCAACUCUGCUGGCCUCUCUGGCAAGUUGGACCCUGCCGGGACCAUGGACGACAUGGCGCUGCCUCCGCCACCCCCCGAGCUGCUCCAGGACCAAGGGAAGCAAAGCAACGGAGGAAACGGUGGCUACAUGUCCGGAAACAUCUCAGGCUAUGCAACGCUGCGGCGAGGACCCCCACCUGCACCACCUAAGCGUGGGGACGGCACCAAACUUACUGGAGAGUGCUGAACUCCGAGAUAAGGACGGUAUGGAGACGGACGAACAGACAGUGAAAGAAUAUAUGGAAGUGAACAUUCAUAAGUGAACUGGGAGCAAAGUCCUGGAUACCUUCUGUCCCCUUGGGACCACAAUGAUAAAUAGAUGACUGUGUAUAUAUGAAAACCCAAACCAGACCAUGGUCAGUUAGUGUUUGCUAAUUAUUGCGUUUUCUUUAACAUGCUUGGCGCUCCGGAACAGUUAGGUUUACAAUAUCGGGACAAUUAAGUCUGGAGCAGGUGAGACUGAAGUCACAGAAAAGUCAUUUUCUGAGAUUGUCUAAACUCUCUGGAACACACUGUAUUGUCCUGUGUUGUAAAUCCACUUCUGGUGCGCCAAGCAGAUUUAAAACAAACACUCAUAAGAUUUGUGCAAAUGUUACUGGAUCCAGGUCUGAGCCGAACCAUGUGUCCGUGUCUUUGCCAUAAGUUUGUGCCACGUACUGGAGACAAAAAAGGAAACAAAAAACCCAUCAGGAUCAUUCUGCUUUGGUACUGCAUGGACCUCAUGUAACAAGAAGCUGUAAAACAUGAAGCUGUUCCAGUGUGUGUGCAUGUGUGAGAGAAAGAGAGAGAGAGAGAGAGACUGAAAAUGCACACAUGCAUUGUGUGCAUGCAUGUGUGGUGGUGAAACAGUGAAGCAUUAGGGAAGGCCUUUGUGAAGUGGUUUGCUUUUAUAUGAAAUUAUUUAAUGAUUGAUAAAUGGAAGGAUUUUUUUUUUUUUUUUUACAAGUCUGUCUUUUAACAGCUGGUCAACAAAGUCUAGAGAGGACGAAAACAAUUAGGGCGCUAUGGAAUGUACAUGGAAGGCAUAUUUAAAAAUGUUAAGAAUUAUGAACAACUAAAACUUAGAAAUCUUCAAAAUGUAAAAUCAGAAGGAAGCCUUAUACCAAAAGUCUUGCACACAGGUCAAAGCAGAAGGGAGAUUUCUUCCAAAGGCUCAGCCGAGUCUGGACUCUGCAACUGGAGAAGAAAAACUUUUAAUUUAAUGCAAAAUUAUACUGGACUUGUGUAAAUGGGGAGGAAGAGGCCUGUGGUGGUGUAUUCUGUGUGAGUUCUCUGUGGAAUUCAUCCUUCAGUUUGUGUACAGUUGCGGCUGCUCCAGGAAAAAAAAAUCACAUCCAGGAAGUACAGAUCGGAUUCAGCCAUGUGAAGUAAACACAUCUCGCAUCACGCCAGAUGCAUUUGUCUGGUUGAUGUACAGAGCGUUCAAAUCGUGAGGUCGGCAACAGACAUCAUCUGAGUUGCAUUAGACUGAAUGUUGCUUGUGUCUGGUUUCCUCAUUGUGCCAUUACUGCUUCAGCCCUUAUUGCACAGGCACUAAGGUCAUCUCUGAUUUUAUUUUCAUGUGCAGAGUGGCUCAUGAAGGGUUUUCAUCUCUAGCCUUCAUUUCUAAAGGGUGCUAUGUUUAUCGACAUGUCCUCAUGUGCCAGGAUGACAUAUCAUUAAUAUUUCACACCAUUUAAACUGGUUUUAAAUUGGCUGCAGCGUGGAAUCGGUUCGACAUGAAAAACGCUCAGAAGAGAGAUUCUGUAUCCGACUUUAAUUUAACAUGUUCUUUUGUCCCCGCUCAGCCACCGUCGUGUGAAAGCCGCUUGAAGGCAGCGUAUCAUUUCUUUAUGAGUGUCAUCGUCCUUGACAGGAUUGUUUGCUACAGUACAGUAUGUAAGUUAUUGAUGUGCUGAUGUAAACAUGUGGGGGCCAAAGGAAGUGAAGACAAAUGGUUGCAGAUAAGAGUUAAACGUGUCCUCUUGCAUAUAAACUGAAAAAUCACAAUAUAAAUGUUCAAAUCAGACCUCAA